GUUUUAUUAUUUCUGUUUGUUUGCUCCGACGCACGGACAAACCGGAAAACUAUUGAAAUAAAAAAGAUUUGCCCAACUUCAAGUGAUAGCUUUUUUUUUCUACAGUUGUUCUUCUAAAAGAUUCAUUGCACAUGGCAACCAAAGAACUACCUUUGCCUGCCAGGCAACUCUUCAUUAUUUGCGCAUGUCGAUUUGCGGAACCCAUAUGCUUUACAGUGUUGUUCCCGUUUAUUGUAUCGAUGGUACGGGACUUUAAAGUGGGAGACGAGACUGAAGUAGGCUAUUAUGUUGGCUUUGUUACAUCCUCGUUUGCAUUGGCCCAAUUGCUGACGGGCAUUCAUUGGGGUAUGCUGUCAGAUCGCAUUGGACGACGACCGGUCAUUCUCAUGGGACUCGUUGGUACCAUUUUGAGCAUUCUACUGUUCGGUUUAUCAAAAUCAUACGUGUGGGCUCUCCUAUCUCGCAGCUUGUGCGGUUUGCUCAAUGGCAAUAUCGGUGUACUUAAAAGUAUGGUUUCGGAGCUCACGAUGCAGCAUGCGCCCCAUCAACGGGCGCGUGCCUUUUCUUUACUGCCAUUGAUGUUCGGUCUUGGCAGUAUCAUUGGGCCAAUGUUAGGAGGUUUCCUCUCAAAGCCUGUGGAACAUUACCCGGCCAUUUUUGGACGUGGGGGAUUUCUCACCGAUUUUCUUACAGAAUAUCCCUACUUUCUGCCUUGCUUCAUUUCGGCCGUUAUUUGCGCUUUUGGUCUGGUCUUCGGCAUGUUUUACCUGGAGGAAACGUUGGCCAAAUGCAUCAAAAAAGAAGAAGUGGUGGUCGUGGGCGCAUCGGAUGUGACGGAAGAGAAUACCUUAUUGAUAGAAAAUCAUCACAAGCCAGGUUACGAUACGUUCAGUCACAGUUCACAUCGAGACAAUUCCCCUACACCAACUUUAUGUGGCAGCCAAUCAACCCCGCCAACUUUGCGCGAGUCACUCACACCAGCUGUUCUGGCCAUCUGUGUAACUUAUGGGCUGUUCUCUUACCAAGCGAUUUUCUACGAUGAAUUGUUCCCUAUUUGGACGGCCAGUUUGAGAAGGUCGGGUGGGCUUGGCUUUGAUUCCGACGAAAUUGGAACUGCCUUGGCUUUCUGCGGUGUGGUCACACUGUUUGCUCAAAUCGUUUUAUUACCUUAUCUGACGAAGCGAUUCGGUUUGAUGCGAUUAUUCCGCGCCGUACUGUUCAUCCUUAUUUUCCUUUAUCUCGGACAAAGUUCUGUGCGCCUAUUCUACAACAUUCCUGAUUUGAAUGGACAGCUUGAUACGAAACUGUGGGUCUGGGUGGGCCUCUUGGCAACCGUUGCCAUCAAAACGAUAUGUCACACAAUUGCCUUUACUGCUUGUACCAUCUUGACCAACAAUGCCGCCCCGCGUAUGGAUGCGCUUGGUACCGUGAAUGGUUUCUCCCAAUGCUGUGCUAGUGGCAUGCGUGCAUUUGGUCCUGCCAGCUGUGGUAUCAUUUGGUCUUCAUCCUUGGCAGCUCAUUGGAUCCCUUUCCCCAUUCGCGUUAAUAUUAGCUUUUUGUUCCUGACCGUUGUGGGUGCUGUUACAUUUUACAGCAGUAAACGCCUGGACUCCAUGGAUUACGAAGUGGCUGCCGCCAGAGAAGAAGUGGUGGUCGACAGUACCUCCACAAGUGACGAAACUAUUGCUCGACGCGUUUAAAUGUCCCUACCCUACAAUUCCCUUUUUUUUUCCUUUUCCCCAGUUUGCAUUCCAAAGAUUCUUCCCAGUAUUCCUUGCUCAUUUACCAAAUAGUGAGAAAUUCCAAUGUUUAUAUCUUUUCAUCAAUACAACCUUUGCCGUCAUCGACAAAAGCAUUGUUUUUUAUUGCCA